CGAAGAGCAUGCGAAUGAAAACGUAUCGGUGCUGGUUGUGAUGUGAACACAGUGAAACCAUAAUGGCGACUGCUGGAACAGCAGACCCGGGAUCAACAGCCCCGACAGGGACCAGCGGCAUCUUCAAGGGGGGGCCCUCAGAGAUGCCUGGCUCCUCAGCCACGGCUCAGAGUAUGAAGAAGACCAUUGGACACCGGGGAGUUGAGACCACCACGGGAGAGACCACCUACAAAAAGACGACGUCCUCUGCCCUAAAAGGCGCCAUUCAGUUGGGCAUCACUCACACGGUCGGCAGCUUGAGCCAAAAGGCGGAGAGGGAUGUGCUCAUGCAGGAUUUUGUGGUUGUUGAAAGCAUCUUCUUCCCCAGUGAAGGCAGCAACCUGACUCCAGCUCAUCACUACAGCGACUUUCGUUUUAAGACCUACGCUCCCAUCGCCUUCCGUUACUUCAGAGAGCUGUUUGGCAUUCGACCAGAUGACUACCUGUAUUCCCUGUGCAGCGAGCCACUGAUUGAACUCUCCAACCCGGGAGCCAGUGGAUCCCUUUUCUACGUCUCCAGUGACGACGAGUUUAUCAUCAAAACAGUACAGCACAAAGAGGCGGAGUUUCUCCAGAAACUACUUCCUGGAUACUUCAUGAACAUAAACCAAAACAAGCGGACACUCCUGCCCAAGUUCUACGGCCUCUACUGCGUCCAGGCGGGGGGCAAGAAUAUCCGCAUCGUCGUGAUGAACAAUCUCCUCCCCCGCAUCAUCCCCAUGCACCUCAAGUACGACUUGAAAGGCUCCACCUAUAAGAGACGGGCGUCGCCCAAGGAGAGGGAAAAGGCUGUUCCCAUAUACAAAGAUCUGGAUUUUAUCCAGGAUAUGCCCGAUGGCCUGCAGCUGGAAUCGGACAACUACAACGCCCUGAGCAAGACCAUACAGAGGGACUGCCUGCUGUUGCAGAGUUUCAAAAUCAUGGAUUACAGUCUGCUGAUGGGCAUUCACAACAUGGACCAGGCCAGUCGGGAGCGAGAACGUUCCGGUGGCUAUUCGGCGGACAGCGGGGGGUCGGAGGGAGCGGUGACCCCGGAUCAGCGCCGGCCUCAAGCCCAGAAGAGUCUUUACUGUACGGCCAUGGAGUCCAUCCAGGGGGAGGCUCGGGGAAAGGGAGCUUUAGACUCGGAAGACCACAUGGGAGGUAUUCCAGCUCGUAACGCAAAAGGAGAGAGGUUACUCAUCUACAUCGGCAUCAUCGACAUCCUCCAGUCGUACAGAUUUGUUAAGAGAUUGGAACACUCCUGGAAGGCCCUGGUGCAUGAUGGGGACACCGUUUCAGUUCACAGACCUGGCUUCUACGCAGAGCGCUUCCAGCAUUUCAUGUGCAGCACGGUGUUCAAGAAAAUCCCAUUAAAGCCCUCUCCAUCUAAGAAGAGCCGUGGAGGAGGUCAAGGGGGGCUUAGGAGAGCCCCCACUCUGGGUGCUCCCACCCCACUCUCCCACGCAACAGGGCAGUCGCUCAUGGACCCCAGACUGGUUUACCACCCCCACUUUAAAAGCACAGAGUCGGAGGCUGACGGUGUCCAGCCGGGCAGACCAGAUCUGGUUCCCAACACCCCGACGUUGCAGGACAACCCGACUGAUUGCGAGGCCAACCUUUCCACCUCGUCAGUAGGCAGCCUAGAAUUUGCUUCCUCUCCUCCCUUAAGGUCUGUGGGGGUGGAGGUGCACAAAUCGGCGCACACAGACUACGACCAGGGUGCUUUUCACAGUUUGGAGGUUGAAGGCAGUGCAGACAAUUCAGCCAACCUGUCCGGAAGUGAAGAUGUAGUUUCGCUAUCUGACAUCAUCCCCGAGACCAACAUCAAUUUUUAAACGAGUGCACAGUGCCAUCGAGAGAAGGACGUGCCUGGAAAAAGGCGAGGUGGGCGAGAAGUAAGGACAAAGACGGCGAAAGCACAACCUUGGACCCCCUGCACUACCGUUUAUACUCAAAGGGGGUCGCUGGAGGACGUGGCGAUGGCUGAGAUGACAAAGAAGAGCGGUGGUGACGGGCCACCACACGUCUGUGUUGCGUGUAUGUAGUCUUUCCCAGCCGUCGACACUGUCACUGUGCACACACACACACACACACACACACUAAAGGUCACCCAAAACAUUAUGAAUUGGAGUUAGGACCACAAUUCCUUCAUUAUAUGUUUGAAAUGUUUUUUUUUCCCGCCCCCUCACAAGAGUGGUUUAAUUCCGGACAUCUCGUUUUACUAUGAUGAUGAGUCACUUUUUUAUGUGUGUGUGGGCACAGGAACGCUGCACACUGAAGUGUGAGUGUGAGUGGGAUCAUAGUUUACUUGGUCUUCCUGUUACAAGCACAUCAGCUCGGCGCUCCCCUUUGCAGACACUCACGCUGCGCUUGUUAGACGUUUUCAAAUCAACCCCCCCCCCCCCGCAAUCACGUUUUCCAUCUCCAAAACAGCACACCGAUGGCUCUAAACCCGUGCAAGGCAAUCAGGUCUCACCGCCGCCGAAUGUACGCCGCCUUUCCUCUCAUAGAAUGCGUCUCGUUAGCCCACACGAACGUGAGACUCUCAAGUCUCUCAAGCCUCUCAUGUCCACCGUAUGUGCUAAUACUUUGACGAGAACGGUGGGAGGAGCACUUGGCAGCCACUGGAUGCUCUCCCGUGAAGUACGAAGCCGCCAAGCGUUACCAGCUGCGACUCUUUUUGUCUUGUCGUGUCUGUGCCUUUUCAUGCAUUUCCCCGCCCCUCUAUUGAAGUUUAAACAGCUUGAGUGAACACACACACACACACACACACACACACACACAUGCCUUAUUACUGCACACGAUCAUUGCAUGUCAUUGUCAGCAAAUUGUUUGCAUGGCUUUGAAAAGUAUUUUAACGCAAUCCCAUCAAGUCCUAGUGCAGGGGUGGGCAAACUACGGCCCGGGGGCCACAUCCGGCCCGCCAAGUGUUUGAAUACGGCCCGCCCAAUCUUUCCAAAGUGUUUCAUUUAAACUCAACAUACAACCUGGCAUCAUGGCCUGAGACAACCUUUUGAUGGUUGUAUCAAUUUCGUUUUUUGACAUGGUCUGUUGUUUACAAAGUGCUCCUGAAAAAAGGGACACAAGCACAUAAUAAUAAUAAUUAUUAUUAUUAUUAUUAGAUUAUUAGAUUAUUAUAAUUAUUAUUACAACUAUUAUGAUUAUUAUAAUUAUUAUUCAUUCAUUCAUUCAUUUUCUACCGCUUUUCCUCACGAGGGUCGCGGGGGGUGCUGGGGGUGCUGUCUUCGGGCGUAAGGCGUGGUACACCCUGGACUGGUGGCCAGCCAAUCACAGGGCACAUAUAGACAAACAACCAUUCACACUCACAUUCAUACCUAUGGACAAUUUGGAGUCGCUAAUUAACCUAGCAUGUUUUUGGAAUGUGGGAGGAAACCAGAGUACCCGGAGAAAACCCACGCAUGCGCUAACCCCUAGACCACCGUGCCGCCCUAUAAUUAUUAUAUUAAUGCUAAUUAUUAUAUUAAUUAUAUAUAAUAUUAUUGUUAUAUUUGCAUAUUUUACAUAAUAAUAAUAUAAUAAUUAUUAUUGUAAUUUUAUUGUAAUUAUUAUAAUAUUUUAUUAUUUUUGAAAUAUUUAAAUAUAAAAUAAUAAAUAAUAAUAGCAGAUUGCAUGACAAUUUUACAGAUACAAUAAUACCAGGUGGACUGUUACGUGUAAAAUAUAUAGUCUGCCCCCCCCGUAAAUUGUGUCAUAUCAAUGCGGCCCGCGAGUCAAAAAGUUUGCCCACCCCUGGCCUAGUAUGAGAAUAAGGUUAUGCAUAUUAUGAGAAUCUUAGAUUAGAAGCGAUGCAUUACAAGUGAAUGCAACAUUACACAUAAUAAGAGGGAUGCCAUUUAUUAAUCAGGUAAGUAACAAGGGUGAACAAAGACAGCUGGGAUAGGCUCCAGCACCCACCGUGACCCUCGUGAGGAUAAGCGGCAUAAAAUGAAUAUGAAUCCAGUCAAUACAUAAAUAAUUUUUGGACCAAUGAAGUGAAAUUAGAUAAUUUACCGAUGCAUCUAGAGUGCGCUCAGACAAACGUCUGUUUCUGUUCAUUUCCGCUGGUUACGGAAAUGAUGGCGCCUGCAUCCACUCCUGGACCAAUUAUUAAUAAUAACAUAUACAAGUAGUGUUUGUUUUGAAUGUUAGCAUAUGUCUUAUUCAUAUAGUGUGCUUUUGCUUUCAUGCCGUUGCUGUUCGGAGCACUAAAUAACACAUUGAGGUGGCAUUCGGGGUGCUUUUUUUUUUUUUUUUUUUUUUUUUUAAUAAAUACUGUAGAACAGUGAGAUAUUUCACAUACGCUUGACUAUAUGUGACUUCAUCUUAUGUGCUGUAGUUUCAGCCACAUGUGGUCUAUGCAGCAGCGAGGGAGGAAGGCGCGGUCGUGGGUCUCGACUUUAUAGACUGAAAAAAAAACAUCUCAUGUCCAAUGCAAAGAUUAUUUUCUGAACCGGUUACUGCACCAAAGAGAGGAGGAAGAGAUUUGCAAAAGACGCACAAGUCCCGCAAAUGUUCACCAUCCACUUAUAUUAGGUUCUUAAAGGGACCCUAUCCUGCAUUUGGAACUUUGCAGAAUUCUGUAUAUGUUCAGUGUUAUUAUGUAUCUAUUGGCCGUGACGCAUUCAGGUACGCUGUGGCAUACCCGGACAGGUCCCGUUGUAAUGUGUUUAUGAGCAGAGCAAACAGUUGCUGUUUAGUAUUAAACUCAAACUGGUGUAGGGCUUCACCCUAUCACGCUCUUUCCCAAUUUUUUCAAAGCUGGUCUGUCGCGGACAGUUGGUUCAAGAUCCGACUGGAUCGGAAACGUGAAUUUCCGCAAAGUAGGAUGCCAUAUUUUCAUAGUUUUUGGCAUCAAAAACCUGUUUAAGAUCUUCUAAAUAGCUUAAUUUAACAUUAUGAGAGUACUAAACAUGAAGUAACACCCCUAUAGUCACUUUUACAUUUGUAUUACCCAAUAUAGUGGAUAUAAUCAAGGAAACUGAGACAUGUUAGACAUAAAUAAGGUAACAGAGAAUCAAACGUUAGCAGUUUCUUAUAGUUUUUUUCUGGACCGUAUACUUCCUGCAUUGGCUAUUGUGUCAUCAAAGUAGUGUAACGGCGCGUUUAAAUGGCUUUACACUCAUAUUACCCAAUAUGGUUGACACAAAAAAAGUAAAUAUUUAAGACUUCAUUAAAACAGGAAGUGACGUCGAAGGUUCAGCGUUGAGUUUUAGUUUGUCGUGGGUUUAUGACCCCAGCAGUAGACUGUAUUUUUUAUUGUCAUUCUUACGUUGUGAUUAUUAUUGUGCCUGUGGUGGGAUCAGCAAUAAAUGCCUCUUCCGGACCACAAGUCUGAUAGCGGUCUCACAAAGCAAUUACUGACACCUAGUGGCUAAUGUGGAAUACUACAUUCACAAUUUCAACGCUUCUUCUGCUUUGUAUUUUGAUUUUAGUUCAUUUAGUUGCUUAAAUGCUUAAUUUAGGCCAAAAGAAAGUACCAUAUUUGCUGAAAUAAAUGUUACAGCAAUGUAGCGAGGAUAUUUUAUUCAAAUUAAAGGUCCUGUAGUACCUCACUGGGAUCCGAUAUCAUUUUAAAAGCCUUUGAAAUGUGCAGGAUAGGACCCCUUUUUUUUUUGUUUGUUUACAUCUGAUAAGCUACUGUAUAUCCAGUCACUGUUUUCCAGCGUAUUCCUGUGAAAUUUAAAUUAUAAUUGGCUUCAUUUGGGGGUAGCUUUGUAGAGCCAUCUUCUUCUAGUGCGGAUAUUCUUGGUGUUAAAACCAAAAUGUAAGAAAAAAAAACUAAAAAUUUAGUCAGUGUUGAGUUAGAAACUUCGAGAUUCCGUUGUGUGUUUGUGUUGAAUUUUGACUGACUCGUCGAACUGGCUGCACGGCGGUCAAGCGGUUAGGCCUCACAGCUAGAAGACCCGGGUUCAAUCCCACCGUCGGCCAUCUCUGUGUGGAGUUUACAUGUUCUCCCCGUGCAUGCGUUGUUUUUUUUUUUUCCCACGUUCCAAAAACAUGCUAGGUUAAUUAGCGACUCCAAAUUGUCCAUAGGUAUGAAUGUGAGUGUGAAUGGUUGUUUGUCUAUAUGUGCCCUGUGAUUGGCUGGCCACCAUUCCAGGGUGUAUCCCGCCUCUCUCGCCUGAAAACAGCUGGGAUAGGCUCCAGCACCCCCACGACCCUCAUGAGGAUAAGUGGUAGAAAAUGAAUGAAUGAGUUCUCCUCCUAUUUUGUGUGGAAGUGGUAACUUUUUGGCUUCUUAUUUUGUCUUUCCCCACCCUCGGCCAUCUCUGUGUGGAGUUUGCAUGUUCUCCCCGUGCAUGCGUUGGUUUUUUUUCCCACAUUCCAAAAACAUGCUAGGUUAAUUAGCGACUCCAAAUUGUCCAUAGGUAUGAAUGUGAGUGUGAAUGGUUGUUUGUCUAUAUGUGCCCUGUGAUUGGCUGGCCACCAUUCCAGGGUGUACUCCGCCUCUCUCGCCCGAAAACAGCUGGGAUAGGCUCCAGCAACCCUCGUAAGGAUAGAUUCUCGUCUAACGCAGGGUUUUCCCAAACCUUAGAGAAACAUGGAGACGCAUUUUGGUGUCCGUGCCCUGUCGGUUUUGGCGGAACCCUGGUCUGAUCUCUUAAUGCAAUCUGGUGCUGCGAUGUUUGGACACUACAUUUUGUUAAAGAGCCAACGCAACGGCAACAGUCUGCCAGCACUCACUAUACACACAAGUACGUAUAUUUAUUUCAUAGACAAAGUUGUAUGCUUGUACUGUCUAGAAGGAUUGCUUAUCUUAUAAAUGAAGAGGACAACUUUUUGUGCGUUUUAGAUUCUUACCACAAAAUAGAAAUCUAUUCUCUCCACAACGGGUUGAUAAUCUCCCGUGCUUUUUUUUUUUUUUUUUUUUUUCUCUACAUGAAUGUUUUACAUGAGCCAAUUGUUGCUGGUUGUUUGUCCGAAUAUGCUUCAAUGACUAUAUUUCUACAAGAUGUGUGUACAAAAAUGUGUAUAAUGUACAUAGAAGUCACUGAAAUGCCUUCUCAUGCAAUAUGUGCUGCCUGUACGCUCCUACCAUGUUUGGGUCAAUGUGGUGGUGAUGAUGUUUUCAUGCAUUCUAAGGAUUAAACGCGUUUUGUAAAUCUUCAUUGUGCUCCGGCAAUGUUGGUUUACACCCGGGAGGGUCUGAGACUCCAACACACAGGGAAACCUCCAUCAAGGGUGUCUAAAGAUGAAAAAAAAAAAAAAUUAAAAUUUAAAAAAAAAUUUAUUUAAUUUAGAUGAAGAUAAAAAAAACUAAAAAAAAAAAAAAAAUUUUAAUCAAAAAUAUAUUUUAAAAUGUAAUUUUAGAAGCAUAAAGUUGAAAUAUUAAAAUGUAUUUUAAUAUAUGAAAAAUGGAGGCUGAUGUUGCAAUUUUAAAAAUUAUUUUUAAAAUUAAUUAACAAUUUUUUAUUACAAGGAACAUUUGUACAUUUUUAUUAUGCUCUGUCAAUGUUGGUUUACACCCGGGAGGGUCUGAGACUCGAACACACGGGGAAACCUCGAACAAGGGUGUCUAAAGAUGAAGAUUAAAAAAACUAAAAAAAAAAAAAAUUAAAACAUUUUAAAAUCCAAAAUAUUUUUAAAAUGUAAUUUUAGAAGCAUAAAGUUGAAAUAUUAAAAUGUAUUUUAACAUAUGAAAAAUGGAGGCUGAUGUUGCAAUUUAAAAAAAAUGUUGGAAAAAAAUUUAUGUUUCAAAAAUCAUUUUGAAACAUGAUGGGGAUAAAGUCAUAAUAUUACAAGGAACAUUUGUACAUGUUCAUUAUGCUCCGUCAAUGUUGGUUUACACCCGGGAGGGUCUGAGACUCGAACACACGGGGAAACCUCGAACAAGGGUGUCUAAAGAUGAAGAUUAAAAAACAAAAAAAAUUAUUUUUUUGAUUAAAAAUUUUAAAAUCUAAAAUAUUUUUAAAAUAUUUUAAAAAUAUUUUUAAAAUUUUAAAAUAUUUUUAAAUUUUUUUUUUUUAAAUGGAGGCUGAUGUUGUGAUUAAAAAAAAAAAAAGGUUAGAAAAAAGCUCCUACCAUGUUUGGGUCAAUGUGGUGGUGAUGAUGUUUUUAAACAUUCUUAAGAUUAAACGCGUUUUGUAAAUCUUCAUUGUGCUCCGGCAAUGUUGGUUUACACCCGGGAUGGUCUGAGACUCGAACGCACGGGGAAAUAAAAAAACUUAAAAAAAUUUAAAAUUACAAAAAAAAAAAAUAAAUAAAAAAAACUUUUUAAAUGUAAUUUUAGAAGCAUAAAGUUGAAAUAUUAAAAUGUAUUUUAACAUAUAAAAAAUUGAGGCUGAUGUUGCGAUUUAAAAAAAAAUAUGAGGUUACAAAAAGAGUUACGUUUCAAAAAUAAUUUUGAAACCUGAUGGGCAUAAAGUCUUAAUAUUACAAGGAACACUGGUCUGUUGAUCUUUAUUUUUCUCAAGCUGCUGCGGCCCACUCCAUACACUGCCGCCAUCCCUUCACGCUGCUACAGGAUCUCUUCUUCCACCAAAACACUGCCAACGAUUUCAUAGUCCAGAGCUCUCCAGUUGAAGACGUUGCCCGGGCUGAAGUUGGCGUCCUCCACGUAGCGUCGGAUCUCAGCGGCAGAGAGCACGUAGUCCCACACGUGAAGCCGGGAGAUCAUCCCGAUGAACGACUGAGUGGCGUCGAAGCCUCCACCGUAGGCGUCCUGCUCUUGGCCCAGGAUGGGGAAGAAUUCACCGCUGAUGGGCUGCCCCGAGUGGAUGAACCUCUUCACGGUCUGCUUGCCGUCCACCCACAACUGCGCCACACCGUUCUGGGAAUUCCAGGUGGCGCACAUGGAGUGCCAGGAGUUGGGGGGGAAGGACAGGGACAGGAAGCGUGUGCUGCUGUCCCGAGCUUCCAUGGAGAUGACAUCGUCCGUGUUCAUCUUGAAGAGCAGAAAGUCGUUGCUGUGUGCGGGCGUCGCCAAGGAGAAGAGCGCGUAGCUCCUGGUGAGGUCUGUGAAGAACCUGAUCAGACACAGGAUGAGGGUGGUGGAGUUAGACUUAAUGAAUGAAAUCAAACGCUCCUGAUCACCUGGUUUACCUGAGACAGACCGUCACGGCAUCCAACGAUGACUUGGAUGUCAACAGUUUGACAUGAUCUGUUUUGGUCUCCUUGGGGAAGACAAACAUUUUGCCCGAAAGAUCUGCACACCACAACAAACGUUUUGAACACUUUGAUGACGCUUCAUUGGUCACCUGCUUCUUUUUUUCUAUGGAACCAGUACAGUAGAUCGCUCUUUAUUCCUGCUCAUUUUUUUCUGCUUUAACUUUAUUUCCAUGGUAUAGAAAAAUGGUUUCAUGUCGCAGGGGAAAGGACAUUUUCUAAAUACAGCAGUGGUGUCCAGACUGUGGCCCGCGGCAUCAACAUGUACAUAUUCAUAGUACUCAACAUGCAAUUUGACUCUUGAAUACGCUUGUAUGCUCUACAUUUAGUUUCUUACUUUGAUGAAAUGCUGCAAAAAAUAUACGUAUAUGAGUUCUCCAAUAGCUUAUGGUAAAAAUAUAAGUAGUUUAUUGAACGCAAGGUGAGGUACAGUAAACCUCGGAUAUAUCGGAUUCAAUUGUUCCCACUGGUUUUGUCCGAUAUAAGCGAAAUCCGUUAUAUGCGUAUACCGGAAAAUGUCCGUUGUACGCAUAUAUGGGAUUUAUAUCCGGUAUAUGCGUAAAUGGGAUUUUAUCCGUUAUAAAAAGGCACUUCCUUGACUAUGUUUCCAAUGUACCUGGACGCGCAGGCAACGCUGCAAACGCUGCAAAUGACGUCGUAUAGCGGCCUGUCACCAUUCGGCGAAUCGUAACGCCACGAUGCGGCCAUCCGAUAUAUGCGAGGGAAAUUUCAUGGAAAUGCAUUGGAACGGGACUGGAGAUUUUGUCCGAAAUAGGCGAAAUCCGUUAUAAAAAAUCCGAUAUAUGCAAUGAAUUUUUAUUGGAAAUGCAUUACGGAAAAAUUGGUUCUUUUUUUAUCUGUCCGUUGUGAGCGAAUUUCCGAUAUAUCCGAGUCCGAUAUAUAUCCGAGGUUUCUUCGCAAAAUGUACUUCUGGAAAUGAUCCAAAAUGAAACAGCGUUUUAGGGUCUUGAAUGGGUUCCUACCUGUGGGUGCUGCACCACACGAUGCAAGCAUCACCAUUACAAGGAAGAGUCUCUCCAUCUGAAAUAGAAGGUAUAUGCUAUACUAUAUACUGUAUGAUAUAUCAUAUCAUGACAUAUGAAUGUAUGAUAUGGAGCAGAAAAGCAGCAGUCUUACCUUGUCUUGACUGUGCAGGCUCGAUGGAAGGGAGGACUUGC